AUGCAUUUCACUCUCCUUUCUGUUGCCUUGGCCGUCAGCGCCCCCCUGGCUGCCGCCUAUCCCAUCACAGGAACUACCGUCAACUGCCGCACUGGUCCAGGAACCAGCUACAAGGUGGUCAAGUCCUACAAGCUUAACCAGGACGUCAAGAUUACCUGCCAAACCCGCGGCGAGAGCAUCAAGGGAGAUUCUCUCUGGGACAAGACUUCCGAUAACUGCUAUGUUGCCGACUACUACGUGAAGACUGGUACCACCGGCAUGGUCGUUGGCGAGUGCGGUGGUGGCACUACUCCUCCCCCAACCGGAGGCAACCUUCCCACCUUGAACGCCCUUCAAACCAAGCAUGCCCGAGCUAUCAUUGCUCAGACCAAGAAGCAGGGCCUCGGCCGACAGGGUUGCGAGGCUGCCAUUGCCACUGGCCUUACUGAGUCGAGCUUGCGAAUCCUGGCCAAUCGAUCUGUGCCCAAGUCCUUGAACUACAAGUACGACGGCAUCGGUUCCGACCACGACAGCGUUGGAAUCUUCCAGCAGCGCGCUAUGUACUACAAGGAUAUUAAGUGCGAUAUGGAUGCUGCCUGCUCUGCUAGCCUCUUCUUCAAGGGCAUGGUUGCUGUCAAGGGCUGGAAGACUAUGGAUGUUGCUAAGCUCUGCCAGGCUGUGCAGCGAUCAGCCGUUCCUACUGCUUAUCGCAAGUACACCAGUGCGGCGAAGAGCAUCUGCUCUGCUGGAGGUAUUUAA